AUGAAAUGGGAGAAGUUAAAGCCUCCGGAGCCAGAUGAUCCCAUGUGCUGCUGCGAGUGUGAUAUCUACCAGUACGGAUGCUGCUGUGACUGUGAAGAUCUGGACGAGGCCUUUAACAGGUGGCUGAGACACAAACCCCCCCACAGCGGAUGUCACUCUCCUGUUCUCGGGGCCCUGAUUGACAACCUGGAGAUCUCCACGAUCCCGGCCCUGGUGCUGCUGCCUCUGCUGCUCCGGGCCGCAGCGCUGCACCACCUGCUGGGCAUCAUCAUCCUGACAGCUCUGCCCAGCCUGGUCCUCUGGUACUACUACGCCACGCACCGCAAGAGGAGACGCACCCUCUUCUUCCUCACUCUGGCGCUGUUCUCUCUGGCCUACAUGUAUUACCUCUUCAUCACAGAGAUUCUACCGCGUGGGGACGUCAGCCAUCUGCAGCUGUGCACUGUGACUGCUGGGAUGAUCCUCACCAUCGGAUCUCUCAUUCACACCAAGAGAGGCCCAGGGUUUCACACCACCUCCUAUCACAGCCAGAGUGAGGAGGUUAACAAGGACUCUACACAUCUUAAUGGAUCCAUCCAAUCAGCGGCCUCCUCCUCCUCUCCUCCUGCCCUGACAGAAAAGUGGAGCAGAUGCUCUGUGUGCAAAACAAUGCGACCCCCGCGGGCCGGACACUGUCGAACCUGUGGAUCCUGCGUCAAGCGUCUGGACCACCACUGUGUCUGGAUAAACAGCUGUGUCGGACAAGCAAACCACCGCAGUUUCCUGCUGACCCUCUUGGUGUUCGUGCUGACCUCUCUGUAUGGGAUCAGUUUGGUGCUUUGCAGCAUCUGUCCUCGGCAGUAUGUCAUGACGGCUCUCUUCUACUGCCCCGGUGUCUACAGCCAGUCCAGGUACAGCACUCUAUAUAUCAUAAAUACAUGUUUAUGUAUCAUAUCUUCUGUCUCAUCCCAACAACUACAUCAGAAGUCCACAUUGAAAAAGUUCACCAAAUUAAUAUAA